AUGACCGCCGAAGUCGCCCCGCCGAAUGAAGAAAAGGACGAGGUUCGACAGAGGAAGUCCUUUGAGUUGAUAAACGUUAUCGUUGAAAAAGUUACGGGAACUGUAAAAUGGUUUAGCAUAACCCGUCGCUAUGGCUUUAUUCAACGAGAUGACAACCAAGAGGACGUCUUCGUACACCGAACCGCCAUCACCGCUUCCAAGCAGCGUUUUCCAUCUCUCAAAACAGGUGAACCUGUUGAAUUUUCCGUCGUCCAAACGACCGGUGGAAUAAACGCAGCUUCGGUUACUGGACCCGGUGGAAAGCCCGUGAAG